AUGGCUAUCAAUACUUUAUUAGAGAAUGAAAAUAAAAGAUUUAAAAAAAUAAAUGAAAAGCUUUUAUAUUUAUUGAAUAAAUAUAGAUAUGCAUAUUUGAAAUCUCUUGAGCUUAUAAACUUUUAUGAAAUAAUAAUUAAAAAAAACUUUUAUGAUAAUAAAGAUAAAGAUUUGUUUGAUACCUACAAAAAAAAAAGACAAUGUGAAUAUAUUUUUGAAGAGGAAAUAUUAUUAAGAAAAAAAUUUAAAAAUAACCUAAUUAAUAAUAAAAUAUCUAUUGAUAUUAUACCAUAUAAAAAUACAACAAAUAUCUUAAAAGAAAAAGAUGUAGCUAAUAAAAAUGAAAUAAAUAUUGAAGAUAAAAAAAAAGAUGAUAAAUGUAUAGCGUCAUUUUUGAAUGAUGGUAUAAACGAAAAAAAUAAAUCUGAUUAUAUAAAUUUAGGUGCUUUAGAUUUCAGUGCAUAUAAGGAAGAUUCAGAAGGAUGUAUUAAGUAUUUUGAAAAAGAAAAGAACAAAAUAAAUAGUGAUAGAAUAAACAGAGAAGACAUUAAUAACUCAUUAAAGUCCGUAUAUAACUAUGAAUUAAAAAGAAAGCCAUUAUAUAAUCAGAGCACAUAUUUAAAACAUAGUAAUAUAAAAAACUCACAUAUAACAACUUUAUCCUCCAUGAAUAAAAGUAUAUAUAUAGAUAAAUAUUCUAAAAUAAAUAAUAAUAAAAAGGUGAAUAUGAUAAAUAAAAGUGUGUAUCAAAAUACAUUAAACCAAAAAAUUUUAAAAAGUGAUCUUAACAGAAGUAUAUUUGUUUCUAAUAGUAGACACCCAUCCAAAUUAAAUAAAAAUAUUUGUACUGAUUCUAAAAAUUUAUAUAACAAAAAUAUAAAUAUAAAUGAAAAAUCUUCUUCAACAGUUAAAAAUACUCUAAUAAAUAAAAAUAAAAACAGUGAAUAUGUUGUUAAUAAGAAAAUGAAUAUAAACAAAUCAAAUAAUUUACAAAAUAGUAUAUAUAUGAGAAAAUUAAAUACUACUAAUAUUUCAAAUCAUAGUUUUUAUGUAAAUAAAAAUCCAAUAACCAAAAGUAUUUACAGAAGCAAUACCAACAUAAAUAAUAAAAAAAAGGAAUAUAAAGAAAAUUUGACCGAAAAUAAAGAUGGUAGUAUAAAUAUGAAAUAUAGAAUUGGUGAAAAUAAUAACAAAAAUUCAAAUGAAGAUAUAUCACUAGACAACAUUGGUUUAAAUGAUAAAAAUAAAAAAGAAAUUAAAAAUAUUUCUACUGGGGAACAAACAAAUAUAGAAAUUAAUAAGGGAAGAUAUUGCGAAUUCUCCACAAAAAAUUCAGGAGGUAUUUAUUCGCAUAUCCCAUUAGAAUUGAAAAAUAUAGAAGAUUUAAUAGAAAAUGAUCACAUGAAUAAAAAUUCUGAAACAGAAGUAAAUUCAUGCAAUAUUGUUGCAUUAAAAAAUAUUGAAGACUUACAUAAAUCAAUGUCUACAAAUGAAGAAAAAAGUAAAAAAGCAGAUUGUUAUUUAAAGGAAGAACAUCCAUCUAAUGAAAAAAAAAAUAAUUCAUUAGAUAUAUGUUUCCAUGUAGAAAAAGAAAAGAUAGCAGUAGACAAUUUGCAUAAUGAAUUACAAAAUGAAGAAAAUGUAAAUGAAGAAAAAACAUGUGAAGUAUUAAAUUAUCAAAGUAAUUGUUCCAUUUACAAUUUAAAUAAUAAGGAAAAAUAUUUAACAUGUGAAGAUAAAACACAAACAAAUAGGUUAGAACAUAUAAAUAUUAAAAAAGAAUUACUUGAAUAUAAUGAUAAUAAAAAUAGGAAAAAUUUAAUAAAAUUUUCUGUUGAUAGAAAUGAAGAUGAAAACAAUUAUUUACUUAAUAAUGAUAAUGAUUCUAAAGAAAGUUUUGAAGAUACAAAAAAGGCAGAUAUUAGAAGCAAACCCAAACAUUACUGUCAGAAAGAAGAAAGUAACCACACAUCAAAUAACGAAAGAGAAAAGGAAUCACAUAAAAUACCAAAUUCUUUUAAUAUAUUAGAGAAUAAUAAUAGCCAUAACAGUAUUAUUAAUACUGAAAAUAUUACUUCAAACAAUGAUGUAAUGAAUAAUAAUAAUUUGAUUUUGAAAAAUGAAAAAGGUACUAAUUUUAAUAUAGAAAAGGAAGAUAGUAAAGAUAAAGUUAAUGUUAUUAAUGAAAAUGCGACCAAUACAGAAACUAACAUAGAUAAAAAUGACCAAAUUGAUAACAUAAAAAAGUUUAAUAACAAGAUGCCAGUAAAUUUUAAAAACAUUAUUUUAAACAUUAAUGAAGAAAUUAAAAAUAAAUUACACAAUUCUGAUGAAAAUGAUAACUUGUUAAUAAAAAAUAUUAAUAAUAAACAACCAAUCUCUAAAGGGCAUCCCUUUCCAUCAUCUCUUAGAAAAAAUUUAUUAUUGCCAUUUGAUAAAGAAGUAAAAGUUAUAAAUAACAACAGAGCUAAUUUACAUAUAGAAAUGAAUUUUAACUUUGAAUAUAUAACACUUGAUACAAUAGACUUAGAUAAAGCUAUGAAUGAAGGCAUACACAAUUAUAAAAAAAUAGAAGAAAGUUAUAUUGAAUCUGGAGAGCAUAUAAAGGAUAUAUUUAUAUAUAAUGAUUUAAUGGAAAAAGAGAAAAAAACAUUAUCUUUUUGUAACUUAGAUGAUAAAGAAGGAAUGAAUGAAAAAAAUCAAGUUCUUUUUAAGUCGUCUAAUCAAAUAAAAAGCGAAAUAACAAAGUCUAUAGGAAUUUCCAUAUUUCAAUAUAUAAAUACAUCUAUUCAUCCAUCAAAAUCCUUAGUAAGUGAUGAAAAGCUUGAAAUAUGGUUUACAAAAAAAAAAAGAGAGAAAAAUGAUAAGAAAAAUUUGAUGGAAUCUAAUUCAUCACAAUUAUUGUUAUUUAAAAAUAAUAAAAGGAGAAUAAGUACAAUGGGUUUUUUUUGUCAACCAUUAAUUAUAAUGUUAAGUUCUUUAAAAAGGCAAAGUGCAUAUAACAGUUUAAAAAAAAUUAUUACAUCCUUAAUAUUAUGUACAUGCGAUUCUGCCUCUCUAGAAAAAAUCCUACACACAUUACCUGAAGAAAGUAGUAAAAAUUAUACGUUAUGGAAAGAAACAAUAAAUAAAUUAUACAUACAUGUAGGAGGAAUGAAAAAUGAGAUUAUUAAAAAAUUUUUAGAAGUAAAAAAAGAAGAUUCAGAUGGUAAUAAUGAUGAUUAUGAUGAUGAUGAUGAUAAUGAUGAUACUUGUGUAUUAAAUGAAAAAAAUAAAUAUGAAAAUUUGAAUUUAAAAACAUAUGAUUUUAUGAAAGGGAUAAAUCAUUAUGAUAACUGUUUAAAUAAUUCUUUUUCUUCAACAAAUACUACUUCUACUUAUUCAAAAAAAAAAUAUAUGGUAGAGGAUUCUAAUAUUUAUGAAGAUGAAGAAUUUUGCCUAUUUAUUUGCACUAUAAGCAACGUUCAUAGAAGACUCAGAUAUUUAUUACUUGUAGAUAAUUUUGAUUUUAUAUAUGAAGAUCUUUUAAAACAUAUAAAAAAUAAAUUGAAUAGUAUUGAACUAAUAGUAAAUAAGCAUGUUUUAUUAAAACAAUUAUUUUGCAAUAUUUUAUACUUGUGUAAUUGGUUAAACGAACCGAAAAUAUAUAAAUGGUUCCAAUGGAAUAGUGUGGUAAAAAAAUUAGAAAAACUUUAUGGAUAUUCAGACAAUGGGAAGAUAUCAAGAGAUAGAUGUAUAAUGCUUCUUUUAGCCGAACAUACUGGUGAAAUAUUUACUGAAAAAGAAUUGAAUAACCUCAAAAAAGUAAGCAAGUUCCACAUAAAAGACCUCUAUGACAAAUCUAUUGACUUUAUUAAUUCUUAUUUAGAAUUAAAAAAUCAAAUGAAUACUGAAGAAUUUAAAAAAAAUUGUUGUAUUAGAAUAGAUGAAGAGAGUAUUUUUUCUGAAGAUAAAUUUUUAGAAAAGAUUAAACUGUUUGUAGAAAAAAAUUAUAAAAAAAUGCUAUUUAUUAUAUGGAAUAUAGUUCUUCUAAUAAAGCAAUAUUUAGUACUUAUCAUAUGGCUAGGAGACAUCAAACCUUUUUAUCCUCUUUUUAGUCAUAUAGAUGAAAAUAGAAAAAUAAAGUAUUCUAACGAUUUAUUUAUAAAUAUUGCACUUUUUUUUGAAUCAUACAACAAAUAUAUUCAUGUUAUAAAAAAAAAAAAUGAAAUUAAAGUAAACAGGAAAAGUGCAUUAUUAAAAAAUACUGAUGAUUGCUUUUUAUCAUCGGAUUUUUUUUCAUCAAAGGUUGAAAAACCUGUUUUAAAUAUAAAAAAUAAUUUAAAUAAUAACUUUUACAGCUAUAUGGAUGAUAAUAUUACUGAUGAUAAUAGCAAGAAAAAAUACUAUGAGGAUAAAGAGAAGAAUAAUUCCUUAAAACCAAUAAAUAACGAAACUAAAAAAAGGAAAUCACUUACAAAUACAGUUGAUUAUGCGUGUAAAAUAAAAAGGAAAAGUUUAGAACACGAAAAAAAGAAAUUUAUUAAAAAGGAAAGUUUGGAAAAUAUUUGUGAAGUAGAAUUUGAAUUAUCAGAUUAA